CUCUGCUCUGUCGGAAGCCACUGGCGGGGAAUACGGCGCGAUGCCUGUUCGCUGCCAGCAGAGCCCGGUGCUGGCGGGCAGCGCCACUUUGGCUGCCCUGGGGGCACUGGCCCUGUACUUCGCGGAGCCCUCUGGCUACGGGAAGUACACGGAGAGCCUGACGCCCGCGGCUAUCCGCCUGCCAGCCCGUGCCGCCUGGUUCCUGCAGGAGCUGCCCUCCUUCGUGGUGCCCGCGGGGAUCCUCGCCGGGCAGCCCCGUUCUCUCUUCGGCCCGCCUGCGACUGUGCUUCUGGGCCUCUUCUGCGCACAUUACUUCCACAGGACAUUUGUUUACUCACUGCUCACUAGAGGGAGGCCUUUUCCAGUUGUAUUCCUUUUCAGAGGCUUUGUCUUCUGCAUGGGAAAUGGACUCCUUCAAGGCUACUAUCUGGUUUACUGUGCCGAAUACCCUGCUGAGUGGUACACAGACAUACGGUUUAGCCUAGGUGUGUUCUUAUUUAUUUUGGGCAUGGGAAUCAACAUUCACAGCGACUAUAUAUUGCGCCAGCUCAGGAAGCCUGGAGAAGUCAUCUAUAAGAUUCCACAAGGUGGCUUGUUCACGUACGUUUCUGGAGCCAAUUUCCUUGGUGAGAUCAUUGAAUGGAUCGGCUAUGCCUUGGCCACUUGGUCCCUUCCAGCACUUGCAUUUGCAUUUUUCUCGCUUUGUUUCCUUGGGCUGCGAGCUUUUCACCAUCAUAGGUUCUACGUCAAGAUGUUUGAGGACUACCCCAAGUCUCGAAAAGCCCUUAUUCCAUUUAUCUUUUAAAGAAACCAAAUAAAAAAGGAACAAAGUCCCCACAAUCUUGUUGAAGAACCAUCAAGCUGCGGAACCUGUAACUUUUCAAGUCCCACUGUGUAUGUGUAAUAAUCAGCCUCUGGUGUUCUGGCAGGUGGCCCGAGGAUUCUGCACGGGACCCCUUAGUGUUUCUUCGAACCCUCUCUGCGGGUCCCUAUCCUGAUUUCCUAUUAAAACUUCCACAAGGUCUGCUUUUAUGCAGAGGUAUCUGUUUCUUAGCUCUUCCUCCUAGAAAGUGUAAACUUCCCUUUGUAUUUUUUUCUCUGAAUGGCCCAAGUCCAUGUGACUUUAUAUCUAUGCUGUGUCAGUAUAAGACAGCUCUGUAUCUGAGAGUGUUUUGAGUUGAGGGCAGUGCUUACGGAAUUUAUUUAAGGUACACAUUUAACACCUAUGCAGACCAGCAGAGAUUUAAAUUGUAAAGCUGCACAGACCCAGAGCAAAUCUCCUCCGAAAUGAAAGCCCUGUCAUAUCUUCCUUUUCCUCAGUUAAUUAUGAAAGAUGUGACAAGAAUAAGUUGACUCUUCAAGGAGGCGUCUUCUCUUCAUAUGGCUGAAAAUGCAGUGAUGCAUUGACCCUGUUUCAAAUCUGUGCGGUCUUAGUGCCUCUGUCUUCCUGAAGAUUUCACAGUCCCUGUUAGAGAUAUAGUCUAAUGUAGAAAACUGGGGUGGGUUUUUGCUGAAGGUCAGGUUUUAACAACCAAGAAGUCAUGACUCUGGUUGCCUACAGAGAGAGAGUGAAAAUGGGUUGUGUAAACACCCUACAACACCCUCUUUUCUUGGAAACCAGCGAUACAUUGAAACAAUGAAAGUGUCAGAUAAUGGAAAUUGCCAAGUAAGAGCAUGUGCUGGUGCCCCAAGGAGACAGAUACCAUGACUGAAGCAUCUCAGAAGCAACCCUUCCCUUCUAGAGUUUCUGCUUCACAGUCCUCAGGAUCUGAUCAAGAAGGAGUUCUCCUAGGAGCGCCUUGAACUUCAGUCCUCAAAAGUCCUGGGGGCAGAGGCUGAAAACUGCAACCAGAGGGAUGCCUCUGGGCAGAAACCUGUUUUCUUUGACUCAACAGUGUUUCACACAUAGUUUUUUUUUUGUUUUGUUUUAUGUUCAGAGUUUCCAAAAUUUAAAAAUUAGGUAAUUUCUACACUUUCUAGUUUUCUUAAAAAAGUCGAAGGAUCUGGGCCUGUAGAACCUGCUAAGAACUGGGACUGAUCAGCUGAUACACACGAGCAUUUGCAACUUUGAAGAGGCGGGGUCGUAUGAGUGCUGAGACUUUGGACUCUCUAAAGAAGGGGUUGAACACUCAUAAUCAGAAUGAACAACAGUAUUUGUCUCUGUAGGCCCAGGUUGGGUUGGUAAUAUUUAACAAAGCCCUUUGAGAAAUGAGCACCAGUUUUAUCAGCUGCAGUGCUAAGUCCAGGAAUUAACUGUAUAAGACACAUAGGACACUCAAAAUAUCUGAAGACGAUGUCAAUCACUGAAAAAUACAGACUGUAAUCAUAUAAAUACAUGUUUUGCUGUUUAUUAAAUGCCUCUCAUAUCAUGGAUGUUAAAUAAUUUUUUUGAAUUAAAAGAUCCCAGAAUGCA